AAUGUAUAAAAAAAAUCUAGUCUGGCAACUUUGGUGGCAUUCGCGGCAUUUUAUUUUGUGAAAUUAACUUGGGGCAUCAUGCAGGAUUUCGAAAAAAUUGAGAAAAUUGGGGAGGGCACCUAUGGAGUUGUCUACAAGGGCCGUAAUCGUGUUACCGGGCAGAUUGUUGCCAUGAAAAAAAUAAGAUUGGAAGCAGAUGAUGAAGGAGUGCCUUCCACUGCUAUAAGAGAAAUUUCGUUGCUAAAAGAACUAAAGCAUCCAAAUAUAGUGUGCUUAGAAGAUGUGCUUAUGGAAGAGAGUCGGAUAUAUUUAAUAUUCGAAUUUUUAUCAAUGGAUCUUAAAAAAUAUAUGGAUUCGCUGCCACCUGAGAAGCAGCUCGAUAGUCAACUGGUGAAAAGCUAUUUGUACCAGAUAACUAACGCCAUUUUAUUUUGUCAUCGUCGACGAGUACUACACCGCGAUCUAAAACCCCAGAAUCUACUAAUUGACAAAAAUGGCGUCAUUAAAGUUGCUGAUUUUGGACUUGGAAGAUCUUUUGGUAUACCAGUAAGGAUAUAUACCCAUGAAAUUGUGACUCUAUGGUACCGGGCUCCCGAAGUGUUACUGGGAUCUCCAAGAUACUCUUGCCCAGUUGAUAUCUGGUCUAUUGGAUGUAUUUUUGCAGAAAUGGCCACCAGGAAACCACUAUUUCAAGGCGAUUCCGAAAUAGACCAGUUAUUUCGAAUGUUCAGAAUUCUUAAAACACCAACCGAAGAUAUAUGGCCGGGUGUAACCUCGCUUCCAGAUUAUAAAAAUACAUUUCCUUGCUGGUCAACAAAUCAGUUGACCAACCAGCUCAAAAAUCUUGACAAGAAUGGUGUGGAUCUUAUUCAAAAGAUGCUUAUCUAUGAUCCAGUACAUAGAAUUUCCGCCAAGGAUAUUUUGCAACAUGAAUAUUUUGAUGGCUAUAAAUAUAAUGUGGCUACAUCAGAGUAACUACAUUUAUUAACAUAAGUAUGAAGAUAUAAAUUAAAUACUUUAAAAUUAAAAACAAACAUUUUGUAUCAGUAAAA